AUGAAGCUGAUUAUUCUGAGUGCUGCUCUUCUGGGAGUUUUUCUGGCCCCAAUCUUGGCCAGUAAUAAUGUCAAUGUAAAGAACCAGGGAAAUAGAGGGGGAAAUUCCCACCAGUCCGUGAGUAUUGAUGAUAAAAAGCAGGUGGUGAAUGUUGACAGUAACAAUGGAUGGCAUUCAUGGAACAGCGUUUGGGAUUAUGCCAGCGGCUAUGUAGCUACUCGGAUAUUUUCCAAGAAAGCCUGCAUUGUUGCACCUCUGAAUAAAGAGAUAAUGCCAGAUGUGACUGUCCUUCCAAAAGCCAUCAAGGAAAAGCAGAAGACUGGUGCUCAAGCACCUCCAGACAAGCAACUGACUUACACUGUCUCCCGGAAUAAAAUCACUGACCUGAGCACGUACGGAAAGAAUAUUGAAAACCUGUGCAGAGGGGUUCCCACUUACCUUGCCCAUGAAGUUAAAGCACCAAGCUUUGUCUACUAUUCUGGAUCCUGUUUCAGAGCUAACCUCCUUUGCCUCCUUGGAAUCAGCUAUUGUGGAGAAACCUUUGAAAACUGA